UCACCAGCCCCAAGUCAUCAUAAGUCUAAGGUUUGGGUUCAUUUCGGGUUUAGGCAACAGUCGAAAGAUGCUGCAACUUGUAAAGUUUAUUACAUGGACAUUUCGUACAUGGCCGGAAACAUGACUUAUCUUUCAAACCAUUUGAAAAGAAAGCAUGGACUCGAUGUCAACGCGAAGACUAAGCAGUUCAAAAACGAAAGUAAGCCAGUUUCAUCUGGUCAAAUGAAACUCACAGAAGUUAUGCCACAGGCAAAAUUGACUACUUGUCAUUCCACACUUAUAUCUCAGGCCAUCGGAGGAUACUUAGCGUAUGACAUGCGACCUUUUUCAACUGUUCAGAAUGAUGGAUUCAAACACAUGAUACAUGUUUUAGAGCCCAGAUACAAUUUACCAUCUCGGACUUAUUUCUCUAAUACUGUACUGCCUAACAUAAUGAAAACUGUAGUGGCAAGAGUGAAACGUCAGUUGAAAGAAGCUGAAACUGUACCUAUAAUGACAGAUGCAUGGACUUCGAGGGCUACUGGAAAUUAUGUAGCAGUCACUGCUCAUUUCAUUGACAAAGAUUGGCAAAUACAAAACUAUACAUUACAAACAAAGAAAUUCAGCGAAUCUCACACAGCAGAAAACCUAGCUUCAAGACUCUCAGUGACCAUUUCCGAGUGGGACCUUACUAGAAAUGGGUGUGGUCCUGCUAUCACUACAGACAAUGCAAGCAACAUUGUCAAAGCGGUCAAGGAAGCUGGUUUACAUCCAUACAUUGGAUGUUUUGCUCAUACUGUUAACAUUGCCACUCAACAUGGUCUCAAAGUUAAUCACAUGGAGAGGCUUCUGACGUGGAGUUAACUUCUUUCACAAGAGUACAUCGGCUACAAGCUCUCUUGCAUUGAAUCAGAAAAAAACUUGAACUCCCCAACCACAAACUGAUUAAUGAUGUUCCUACAAGAUGGAAUUCCACUUACGAUAUGUUAGAGAGAUACAUUGAGCAACAGACCGCUGUGUUUGCUACUCUUAUUGACAUUAGAAGAAAUGUCAAGGAUAUUGUUACACUGAGUGAUGAUGACAUUCACAACAUUGAAGACAUUAUCAAGGUAUUAAAACCUCUGAAAACCGCCACAACAUUGAUGUGUAGCCAAAAACACCCAACUGUGUCUCUCAUUCACCCACUGAAGGAGAUGUUGCUGAAACAACUUGAAGUCUGUCCCAAUGACAGUGGGCUGGUGUCUGAUGUGAAACAAGCAAUCAGCAAUGAUCUCAAGCCCAGAUAUUCCAAGGAUGAUACGUUGAGUUUCCUCCUAAAUUCUUCUGCCCUUGAUCCCAGAUUUAAGGCACUGUCUUACAUUGAUGCAGCAGCCAGACGGAACGUCUACCACUCCAUCGGUCAGAAUACUGUUGAGCUCCACACUAUUUUACAGUCACAGGUAUACUACUAAUAAAAGUAAAUUCAUAUUUGUAGAUGAAAAAUGAAAGCUAAAAGUCUGUAUGAACGUACAGAGAGUGAGAUCAGUAUGUAUAAAGAAGAUGAGGUGCCCAGCCUAGAGUCUGACCCACUGAGUUGGUGGAGGUUGAGAGAGGGAAAGUUUCCCUUGUUGUCAAAAUAUGCCAAACAGUGCCUUGGCACACCUGCCACAAGUGUGGCUAGUGAGAGGGUCUUUUCAACAGCCGGGGAUGUUGUGACUGCUCAGAGGGCUUCCCUCAGUAGUGACAAUGUGGACAUGCUUGUGUUUUUAUCCAAAAACAUGAUCAUCCCUGAUGACCUGAUUGACCUCACAGUCUGAGGUGAUGAGU